AUCAUGUCAACUGGGAUCCCUGUCAAGCUUCUUAAUGAAGCCCAAGGUCAUGUGAUAUCUCUUGAGCUUGCCACGGGUGAUACUUACCGUGGGAAGUUGCUUGACAAUGAAGAUAACAUGAACUUAUCACUCUACGAUGUUACCAUCACAAAGGGAAGAACCGGUGCUACAUCUUAUAUGAAUCAAGUAUUUGUUAGGGGACUGAUGAUCAGAUAUAUUAUGGUUCCAGAUAUCUUGAAAAAUGCUCCUAUGUUUUUCAUGAAGCCUGGUGAUAAGCCAAAACCACCUGUGCGAGGACCACCACCAAAGAGAGUAAAGCAUUAA